AUGGGUCGAGAAUUUACUCUACUUGAUCAAGUACCUGCUGGAAAUAUAGUUGAUUCUCUUGUUUUAAAAUCAGCAACAUUAUCAACAAAUAUAUUUUGUCCAUCGUUUCCUGGUCUUCAAUUUGAAGCUUCACCUAUUGUUCGUGUAGCAAUUAAACCAAAAGAUUCAUGUAAAUCAUUUUUUUCUUUAUUCUUAAAAACGUUGGACUUUGUUUUCCAGCUCAAAUGGAACAACUUCGA